AUGGCAGAGAAUCCCAAUGUUUUCGAGCCUUGGAAUGACUCCGAGGAGGAACCCGGGUUGAAUCAGCAGUCCAAGUCUACGUAUACGCCUACGUAUACACUUGCGUCCAAUCCCAAUCCUGAUACCAAAACAACUGUACCCUGUGGAGAGAAAUUAUCGAAGAUUCGGAGCAGACAUAAAAAUCGUAUUAAUCGAGCCAUCCAAGUUCAUUUCAAGCAUACGCCACUCAGUGUACUGAAGUUUAGCAGGGAAAAGGCUCCAUAUGACCGUACCAGGACUUUAUCCUUAGAAUACGAAGCUGUUCAUGCCGAUGAUACAACUCCUUAUCUUAGUGUUUGUCCUGCUUCUCUUUAUGAUAGUAGAGUUGGUGCAUUUGGAAAUAUUUUUGACCUUACAAAUGGAAUCGCCUGCAUUGAAGGACCCUCUGAGAGCCCGUACGCUGGAGGUAUCUUCUUUCUGCACAUUUAUUUUCCUGUUCAAUGGCCCAAACGGCCUAUGAAAGUGCGCUUUUUGACACAGAUUUAUCACCCCAACUUCAGUGCAGAUGAAGAUUUCCGCCUGCCCAGCAACACAGCUGAAUGGCUCACGGAGAAUUCUUUACAGAAUGUUCUUUUGACGAUAUUCUCACUUCUUAGCGAACCCGAGCUGGAUGAGGAUUUUAUACCUGAGAUUGCGAAGGAAUAUAUCGAUGAUUACAAUGGGUUCUUCGAAAAGGCAAAACUUUCAACAAUCGAACAUGCGUCGCAGACGAGAUUAGAUGUGAGGAAAUUAGUGACAGAUUGGAUACAAGACUACGUGACCUUUGAUUACGCAGUUGCUGCAUGUCAUAAGGCUCUCAUGCUAUGGCGUAAGAACACAUGGGAAGCAUUACCAAAAGAUGGUAGCCACGAGGAAGUCAGUUUACAAUGCAUCAUACCAGACUCUGCUAUAGCCACCAUAUCUCAGAACCUGAGGAGAUUGUGUACUAGCGAAAUCGGACUUGACGAACUGGACUUGAAGGAAUGGUGUAGACGUGAUAUGUAUUUAAGAGACCAUUCCCAGUCAUCGCUUGGAAAUACACUGGUUGUAGUGUGGCUCAAGCUUCAAGAUGAAAAGAGAGGUAUUGAAAACGACGAUUAUAUCCUUCCUGGUGCAGCUUCAAAUGAUAUUGUUGAAGCAUGCCAGCUUAUGCUUAGGCGGUGGCGUGAUAAAGUAUGGGAAGCGUACCCAGAAGAUACUUUCAAGGACCGUGAAUCCGUCAUGCCAGAUUCUGCUAUCGUCACCAUAUCUAACAACCUGGAAAAAAUAGGCUCUGGUCAUAUCAAACUUGAGCAUCUGGACUUGUGGCAAUGGAAUUACAGCACGGAAUUUCUAGCUGAAGACAAUGAAUUUUGUCUUCGGAAAUUCCUGCAAAAGUUGUGGGACGGCCACGUCAAGGCAAGAGACGAAACUACAAAUACAGCUGCUCCAGAGGACGGUCAUAGCUCAAGGUCUGAAGGGCCGAAGUCUCCCCGGAGACUUCAGCUUGGUCUCGAGUCUGAACAGAAACCAUCGUCUAUCAGAUGGGUUGGUGUCCGUUCUGGUAAUAUUAAAAGCUCAAGGUCCAAGCAGGAAGCACGAGUUACAAAAAGUGAGGCGAGUACCAGGGUUAAGAAGCCAAAGUUCAAGCGGAAUCUUAAAAUCACAAGAGAGGCUCCUAAUGCCGAAGCUAGCAGCUCAAAUUCUGAUCGGGGAGCAGAAAUUGCAGAAGAUGGACUCGACUCAGAGACUAGAAGCCCAAACUCUAAUACGGGACCACAAAUUACAAGUCCCGAUCUUGAUCCCAUCAUACGAGAUUUGAAGUCUAAAGUUGAAGAGCUAAACCUGAACUUAUCAAUUUUGAUAGAUGAUCUCAGUUCCAUUUCUGAAAAGGCCAACAAGCGUCUCAAGGAAAGCAGUAAAGGAAAGGGCUCACAAACUAUAAAAAGCGAUCUUGAUCCCGACAUGCAAGAUUUGAAGUCUGAAAUUGAAAUGUCAAACUUCACCUUACCGAUUUCGGUAGAUGUUAUCCGUUCCACCGCUGAAGAGCUAAACAUAACAAUGUCGGAAGAUGGACUCAUUUCCUUCGCUGAAGAGUUCAACAGUUGGUUCGAGUAA